AUGAGAGAAUGGCUCUUGGUCCUGUCCAUGCUGUUCUAUGGACUGGCUGGCCCCACGCUCCUGUUCCAGCCGAGCCUCGUGCUGGAUAUGGCCAAGAUCCUCUUGGAUAACUACUGCUUCCCAGAGAACUUGAUGGGGAUGCAGGCAGCCAUCGAGCAGGCCAUGAAGAGUGAUGAGAUUCUGAGCAUCUCAGACCCUCAGACGCUGGCCCAUGUGCUGACAGUUGGUAUGCAGAACUCCUUGAAUGACCCGCGUCUGAUCAUCUCCUAUGAGCCCAGCAUUCCAGAGGCUCCCCAGCAAGCCCCAGCUCUCACCAACCUCACACUAGAGGAACUACUUUCUGGGUUGCAGACAAACAUCCACUAUGAGAUCCUGGAAGGCAAUGUGGGCUACCUGCAGGUGAAUGACAUCCCGGGCCAGGAAGUGCUGAGCAAGCUUGGGGGAUUCUUGGUGGAACACAUGUGGAAUAAGCUUAUGGGCACCUCUGCGUUGGUGCUGGAUCUCCGACACUGCACUCGGGGCCACAUCUCUGGUAUCCCCUAUAUCAUCUCCUACCUGAAUCCUGGGAACACUGUCUUGCAUGUGGAUACCAUCUAUGACCGCCCCUCCAAUACUACCACAGAGAUCUGGACCCUGCCAGAGGUUCUAGGAGAGAGGUACAGUGCAGACAAAGAUGUGGUGGUCCUCACCAGUGGACGCACUGGGGGUGUGGCUGAGGACAUCGCGUACAUCCUCAAGCAGAUGCGCAGGGCCAUUGUGGUGGGUGAGCGGACUGAGGGGGGUGCCCUGGACCUCCAGAAGCUGAGGGUAGGCCAGUCCAAUUUCUUUCUCACUGUACCUGUGUCCAGGUCCCUGGGACCCCUGGGUGGAGGCAGCCAAACGUGGGAAGGCAGUGGAGUGCUACCCUGUGUGGGAACACCAGCUGAGCAAGCCUUGGAGAAAGCCCUGGCCAUCCUCACCCUGCGCCGUGCCCUGCCUGGUAUUGUCCGUCAUCUGCAAGAGGCCCUGCAGGACUACUAUACCUUGGUGGACCGUGUGCCAGCCCUGCUGCACCACCUGGCCAGCAUGGACUACUCUGCAGUGGUCUCAGAAGAGGAUCUGGUCACUAAGCUCAAUGCCGGCCUGCAGGCUGUGUCUGAGGACCCCAGGCUUGUGGUGCGGGCUGUUGGGCCCAAAGAAACCUCUUCUGGGCCUGAGACUGAAGUUGAUGAUACCCUAGUUGCAGCCCCUGAGGUGCCUGAGUUGCCCCAGGAUGAUGCUGCCCGGCAAGCGGUGGUGAACUCUGUAUUUCAGGUGUCAGUGCUGCCAGGUAACGUGGGUUACAUGCGCUUUGAUGGAUUUCCAGAUGCCUCUGUGCUGGGGGCACUAGCCCCCUAUGUACUACGCCAAGUGUGGGAACCCCUGCAGGACACAGAGCACCUCAUCAUGGACUUGCGCCAUAAUCCCGGGGGACCAUCCUCGGCGGUGCCUCUUCUGCUGUCCUACUUCCAGGGGCCAGGGGAAGGCUCUGUGCGCCUCUUCACCACCUAUGACCGCAGGACCAAUGUCACACAGGAGCACUUCAGCAGCAGCGAGCUGCUGGGCCCACGCUAUGGAAACCAGCGCGGGGUGUACUUGCUCACCAGCCACCGUACUGCCACUGCAGCUGAGGAGUUCGCCUUCCUCAUGCAGUCCCUGGGCUGGGCCACUCUGGUGGGCGAGAUCACUGCGGGCAGCCUGCUGCACACCUGCACUGUGCCACUGCUGGAUACGCCUGAAGGAGGUCUGGUGCUCACUGUGCCAGUGCUAACUUUCAUUGACAACCAUGGUGAGAGCUGGCUGGGUGGCGGCGUGGUGCCUGAUGCCAUCGUACUGGCUGAGGAGGCCCUGGACAGAGCCCAGGAAGUGCUGGAGUUCCAUCGCAGCUUGGGAGCCUUGGUGGAGGGCACAGGGCACCUGCUGGAGGCCCAUUAUGCACGGCCAGAGGUUGUGGAGCAGAUGGUGUCUCUGCUGCGAGCCAAGCUGGCUCAUGGGGCCUACCGCACGGCCGUGGACUUGGAAUCGCUGGCCUCGCAGCUCACUGCGGACCUGCAGGAAGUGUCUGAGGACCACCGCCUGCUGGUGUUCCACAGUCCUGGUGAGCUGGUGGCUGAGGAGGUGCCCUUGCCACCCCCUGUUGUCCCCUCUCCAGAGGAGCUCUCCUACCUCAUCGAGGCCCUGUUCAAGUCAGAGGUGCUACCUGGCCGGUUGGGCUACCUACGAUUCGAUGCCAUGGCUGAGCUGGAGACGGUAAGGGCCAUCGGGCCACAGCUGGUUAGGCUGGUGUGGCAGCCAGUGGUAGACACAGCCGCGCUAGUUAUUGACCUGCGCUACAACACUGGCAGCUACUCCUCGGCUCUGCCACUGCUGUGCUCCUACUUCUUUGAGGCAGAGCCCCGCCAGCACCUCUACUCCAUCUUUGAUAGGGCCACCUCAAAGGUCAUGGAGAUGUGGACGGUGCCCCAGGUUACCGGGCAGCGUUACGACCCCCACAAGGACCUCUACAUACUGAUGAGCCACACCAGUGGGUCUGCGGCAGAGGCCUUUGCUCACACCAUGCAGGACCUGCAGCGGGCCACAGUCAUUGGGGAGCCCACAGCCGGAGGGGCACUCUCAGUGGGCAUCUACCAGGUGGGCAGCAGCCCCUUAUAUGCCUCCAUGCCCACCCAGAUGGCCCUGAGUGCCACCACUGGUGAGGCCUGGGACCUGGCUGGUGUGGAACCUGACAUCACUGUGCCCGCAAGCGAGGCCCUCUCCACAGCCCAGGAUAUAGUGGCUCUGCGUGCCAAGGUACCCACAGUGCUGCAGACAGCUGGGAAGCUUGUAGCUGAUAACUACGCCUCCCCUGAGCUGGGGGCCAAGAUGGCUGCCAAGCUGAGUGGUCUCCAGAGUCGCUAUGCAAGGGUGACCUCAGAAGGGUCCCUAGCUGAGAUGCUAGGGGCUGAUCUGCAGCUGCUUUCUGGGGACCCACACCUGAAGACAGCCCAUAUCCCUGAGGAUGCAAAGGACCGCAUUCCUGGAAUUGUACCUAUGCAGAUCCCUUCUCCAGAAGUCUUUGCAGACUUGAUCAAGUUUUCCUUCCACACUAAUGUGCUGGAGGACAACAUUGGCUACCUGAGGUUUGACAUGUUUGGGGACUGUGAGCUGCUCACCCAGGUCUCUGAGCUGCUGGUGGAACACAUCUGGAAAAAGAUUGUGCACACAGAUGCCAUGAUUAUCGACAUGAGGUUCAACAUUGGUGGCCCCACCUCCUCCAUUGCUGCCCUGUGCUCCUACUUCUUUGAUGAAGGCCCUCCAGUUCUGCUUGACAAGAUCUACAGCAGGCCCAAUGACUCUGUCAGUGAACUCUGGACCCACACUCGUCUUGCAGGUGAACGCUAUGGCUCCAAAAAAAAUGUGAUCAUCCUGACCAGUGGUUUAACAGCUGGUGCUGCGGAGGAAUUUACCUACAUAAUGAAGAGGCUGGGCCGGGCCCUGGUCAUUGGGGAGGUGACCAGUGGGGGUUGCCAGCCACCACAGACCUACCACGUGGACGACACCCACCUCUACAUCACCAUCCCCACAGCCCGCUCUGUGGGAGCUGCAGAUGGCAGCUCCUGGGAGGGAGUAGGAGUGACACCCCAUGUGCUGGUGCCAGCAGACCUGGCCCUAACCAGAGCCAAGGAGAGGCUCCAGCACAUUCUGAGAGGGUGA